CACAAUGUCACCGCCAUGGUUGGUGCUGGUGUGCUUGGUCUUCCUUUUGCCAUGUCUCAACUUGGAUGGGGACCUGGAGUCACUGUGAUUGUUCUUUCAUGGAUUAUCACGCUAUACACCUUAUGGCAGAUGGUAGAGAUGCAUGAGUCCGUGCCGGGGAAGAGGUUUGAUAGGUACCAUGAGUUGGGUCAACAUGCCUUCGGAGAAAAGCUAGGGCUUUGGAUUGUGGUACCCCAACAACUAAUGGUGCAAUCUGGUACGUGCAUCGUCUAUAUGAUUACAGGUGGUAAAUCACUGCAGAAGAUCCACGAUACUGUGUCCCCUGGAAAACCAAUCAAAACCACCUACUUCAUCAUGAUCUUCGCCGCUGUCCACUUUGUUAUCUCUCACCUCCCUAGCUUCAAUUCCAUUGCUGGUAUUUCUCUUGCUGCAGCUGUCAUGUCCUUGAGCUACUCUACAGUUGCUUGGGGAGCUUCACUUCACAAAGGGGUUCAACCAGAAGUGCAGUAUGGCCCCAGGGCUUCAACCACCACAGGAAAUGUGUUCAACUUCUUUAGUGCUUUGGGAGAUGUAGCUUUUUCUUUUGCUGGUCACAAUGUGGUUUUGGAGAUUCAAGCAACACUUCCUUCUACACCUGACAAGCCUUCCAAAAAACCAAUGUGGAAGGGUGUGAUGCUUGCAUAUGUUGUGGUGGCUUUGUGCUAUUUCCCAGUUGCUCUUAUCGGUUAUUGGGUGUUCGGAAACAGUAUUCAGGAUAACAUCCUCAUAUCAUUGGAGAAACCUAAGUGGCUUAUUGUUAUUGCUAAUGCCUUUGUUGUUAUUCAUGUCAUUGGAAGUUAUCAGGUCUAUGCAAUGCCGGUGUUUGACACAAUUGAAGCAGCUCUAGUGAAACAGAUGAAUUUCAAACCUUCUUAUUCUCUUCGCUUUAUAUCACGAAAUCUAUUUGUUGCAAUGACCUUGUUCAUCGGAGUCACGUUCCCUUUCUUUGGCGGGCUUCUCAGUUUCUUUGGAGGAUUUGCUUUUGCUCCCACAACAUAUUUUCUUCCUUGCAUCAUGUGGCUCGUCAUCUACAAACCUAAGAAGUUCAGCUUAUCCUGGUUUGCAAAUUGGUUCUGCAUUAUAGCUGGAGUGUUAUUGCUGAUUUUUGCUCCUAUUGGUGCAUUGAGGAAUAUCAUACUUCAAGCCAAGGAUUUCAAAUUCUACUCUUAGAGUCUUGACAUUUCAAAUUAACUAUCUGUAAUUAGUGCUUAUCUUAAUAAUUAAUAGGGCCU